GGAAAACAGAAAAUGGAGAAUAAUGAGUGGAAUAUUGUUCUGAUAAAAAUCUAGUUUGGAUCUGUAAAACAACCCCCAACUGGUCGGGUAUUUAUGAAGAGUACAUACGACUUAAACCACAUCGGUUUUGUUGAUCUGAUAGAGCCGGACACGGUCCUGCAAAUGUUCGUCACGAAUGUGAGAAACCGUCCUCUGACCGUCAUCAACAUCGACUCUCUGACCAAGUCGGUCCUGAGCCUCUAUCACAACCUGCUGACGGGACGCAGAGACUACCCUUUGAUCGAGGCUCGCGUCGGCAUGGGCUUGAUGUUCGAGUCCACGCUUCACGAAACAAUGAAGCAGCCCAACUGGGAGAACGCCCCACCCCCGGGCCCGCUUCCCCCGGCCCCUGGCGUUCCUGUCCGAAAGAUAUACACUCCAGCUAUUCCCGAGACGGCGGAUAUGGAAGUGCUGAGGGGGGACCGCAGGAACUGUGUUCGCACCAUGGAGUACAGAGAUGAGAGCACGUACACGAGGGUCAUCUCCCCGGUUUACCGUCCGCAAGACACGGAGCUGACGAACCGGUGGAGAGUGACCGACUACGACUCAUCUGGCGAGCUCGUCAUGUCCGCCCUGUGCCGGUUCAAGAGAUGUUCGGUGCGACUGGCAAAUUCAAAGAGAAGACGGGAAGAGGAAUGCAGCAGCACCGCCAGCAGCACUUCUCCUCCUAAAAAGAGAGCUCGAGUUUGACGUGGACGUCAAGCUUCCUCUGCAUUUGUAAAUAGUUUGUUCAACGCACAGGUCAGUUUUUUUUUUUUUUUUUUUGGUGCAUCCUGUCACCGUUUAUUUCUUGGUGCUGGCCUGUGCUUCAACACCGUCAAAUCCCCUGGACAGAGACUCACGUCGAAGAUUUCGAUCGACCGGGGGAUUAUUUUUUGUACAUUUGUAAAUAGUUUGCUCGACACACAGGUCAGUGUUUUUUUUUUUUUUUUUGGUGCGUCCUGUCACCGUUUAUUUCUUGGUGCUGGCCUGUGUGUCUGAUCCUACAAGGAGCUACGGAGACAAGAUGAGCUCCAGACGUGCGAAGAAACAAGGUGAGCAGAUCAUUC